AUGAGUAGCUGGAAUCCAUUCACUCGAAAUACAACAUCUCGAAAAAGUAUCGGAGUUAUCGCAACACGUGAUUAUGAUCGUGAAACGCGUCGUUUAGAAUCUCUGGAAGAAAGCUCGAAAUCGUUAACACGUGAUCUGAUUAAACAAGAUAAAUCCUUUGAUGAUUUUGCUCGCGGUCAAUUAAAACUUCUACACGAUUUAUCAGGUAGUGCAUUUAUCAAUCAUUAUGAUCAACAACAAACAUCAACAACUUUGACCACAAAUAUUUCUCAACUAAUCAAUGAUUGGAAAACAACUGCUCAGCAUAUAUCGGAACAAACAAGUUUACUAAAUGAAAUAACAUCCAAAACAAUAAUUGAUUCAUCAAAACGUUUAACAUUGGCAUUAGCUAAUGUAACCAAUGCAAUUAAAAAACGUGAACAAAGUUUAAAUGAUUAUAUUAAAAUACAACAUAAAUUAGAUAAAAUGAAUGAAAAAUUAGGUUCAUCAACAACAACAUUAACAGCAGCAGCAAAUACAGCAAAUAAUAAUAAAUUAGAACAAAUCAGAAAACAGCUAAACGAAGCCAAACAACAAUAUGAAUUGAAAAAUCAAAUUUUAAAUAAUGAAUUACCUAUUUUACAUGAACAACGUGCGGCAUUUGUUUAUCCAUGUUUAGAAGCAUUUAUUGAAGCUCAGGCUCAUUACUGUGAUCAACUUGAAGUAGCUUAUCGUAAUCUUAUGGGACAAGCAGAUGUUGGUGCAAACAGUACAGCUACAUUGGAUGAAAUCAAUGCUAAACUUGCUAAUAUUAAAUCUCUUUCUAUUGUUGCAUCGGAUUAA